AUGCUAGGAACAGAAUUCGACCCACCUAUCAGCGGCAUAACGCCAUCGUCUCACCAUCUUGUUUGGGAAGAGCUCUCACUCGUUGUUAACAAUGUCAAUCUUGAUAUUUCUACGGUUCGCCAUGACGGAUAUAACCCAUCACACCCCCGUUCCGAGUACUCUAUCAUCGCCUAUUACGCCCCCGGCAGCGGUGCCUCCACAAGCUCUGACUACAACGUUUUCCCCAUGCCAUUCCUCGUCGCCGUGGCUGAGGCAGUCUUAGACGCUCACAAGACUAAACGGUUCCACCUUGUCGGCCACUCCAUGCGCGGCUUGACAGGCUUGCUGCUAGCACAGCGUAACCCGGGGGCGAGGACUGCUUUCUUAGCAGACAGAUCUUUGACAUUGUUCACCGUGGAGGAGAUUGAUACACCGAUACUUGAGAAAGACUCGGGCGAUUACUCCCAUGAUCCGUUUGUCGGGUGGCGGGAGUUUUGCUUAUGGGAGCAAGAUGUCCCCUGUCCGGAUGGAAUUCAUUUGAAAGCACGUGAAGCCAUUAAGAAAACAAAGUCAUCCGUCAUGGUCAAGCCAAAGCUCUCGGAGGGGGAGCUUCUAAUCAGACCUGGCCUUACCAUCGGCGCCGUUGACUUCGUUUGUCCGCGGACCGCGGGUCUCUACGACAUGAAGCCACUUCGUUGGUGGCAAACUCACAAGAUGGAGGUUCAAUUCAUCAACAAUGACUACCUAGUCCUAGAUUUGGACUCUACCAUGGCCUUUGAGAACAAGUAUGAUGACUCACGGAUACCUUGGUCAUCAACUGUCAAGCCUAUAUACCGCUUUUACGGAGUCUGA